AUGGCUGCGUCAAAGCCAGUCGAGCCGCAGUCCGGGACUGGACUACCCCGCUGGCAGCUGGCACUGUUAGUCGGGACUCCUAUAGUGCUGGGAGUGGGAGCAGUUUACCUCUGGAACCGCAGCAGGACGAAGGAAAGGAAAGGGACCGGGGAGCGGAAAACACCAGAAGGCAGCGCCAGUCCCGUGCAGGGCCAAGACGGCGCAGCUCGAGCCAGCCGCGAGCAGGAGAACAUGAGCCCUUUGGAUCGGGCCCAAGCAGCAAAGAACAAGGGAAACAAGUACUUCAAAGCUGGCAAGUAUGAGAACGCCAUCCAGUGCUACACAGAGGCCAUUGCUCUCUGCCCCAUGGAGCAGAAGGCCGAUUUGUCAACGUUUUACCAGAACAGAGCAGCAGCCUACGAACAGCAGAUGAAGUGGACAGAAGUGGUGCAGGACUGCUCUCAGGCCGUGGGGUUAAAUCCACGUUAUGUCAAGGCUCUGUUCAGGAGGGCCAAAGCUCUGGAGAAACUAGACAACAAGAAGGAGUGCUUAGAGGAUGUCACAGCAGUGUGUAUUCUUGAGGCUUUCCAGAACCAACAGAGCAUGCUGCUGGCAGACAAAGUGCUGAAGCAGCUGGGGAAAGAGAAGGCCAAAGAGAAGUACAAGAACCGUGAGCCGAUGAUGCCUUCCCCUCAGUUCAUCAAGUCCUACUUUAGCUCAUUCACCGAUGACAUCAUCUCGCAGCCCCUGCAGAAGGGAGAGAAGAAAGAUGAAGACAAGGACAAAGAAGGCGAGGCAGCUGAGGUCACUGAGAGCUCUGGCUACCUGAAGGCAAAGCAGUACAUGGAGGAGGAGAACUACGACAAGAUCAUCAGUGAAUGCACCAAGGAGAUCGAGUCAGGUGGUCGAUACACUGCCGAGGCUCUGCUGCUGCGUGCCACUUUCUUCCUGCUGAUUGGUAACGCUACUGCUGCACAGCCUGAUUUGGACCGAGUAAUCAACAUGCAUGACGCCAAUGUGAAGCUACGAGCCAACGCUUUGAUCAAGCGUGGAAGCAUGUACAUGCAGCAGCAGCAGCCUAUGCUCUCUACACAAGACUUUAACAUGGCAGCUGAGAUUGACACACGCAACCCUGAUGUGUAUCACCACAGGGGUCAGCUGAAGAUCCUGUUGGACCAGGUGGACGAGGCAGUGGGAGACUUUGACGAGUGUAUCCUGCUCAGGCCUGACUCUGCUCUGGCUCAGGCACAGAAAUGCUUUGCUCUUUACAGACAAGCAUAUACUGGAAACAACCCAGCACAAGUACAGACGGCCAUGGACGGCUUCGAGGAUGUUAUCAGGAGGUUCCCAAAGUGUGCUGAGGGCUACGCUCUUUAUGCUCAGGCUUUGACUGAUCAGCAGCAGUUUGGAAAAGCAGACGAGAUGUAUGAUAAGUGCAUUGAACUGGAACCAGACAAUGCUACCACAUAUGUCCACAAGGGGUUGUUACAGCUUCAAUGGAAACAAGACCUUGACUUGGGUCUAGAGCUCAUCAGUAAGGCGAUUGAAAUUGACAACAAGUGUGACUUUGCCUAUGAAACUAUGGGAACGAUUGAAGUGCAAAGGGGGAAUCUGGACAAGGCCAUAGAAAUGUUCAACAAGGCAAUUAAUCUAGCCAAGUCAGAGAUGGAGAUGGCCCAUUUGUACUCAUUAUGUGAUGCAGCGUACGCCCAGACUGAAGUGGCCAGGAAAUACGGUCUGAAACCUCCAACACUCUAACUUCUCUGCCAGUCGAUCGCCAAUCUCAGUCUUCAUUGCUGAACUUAACUGUUAAAACUGCAACUGUCUGACUUACUUUGAUUUUGUAGGGAAAAAAAUGAGUACUGGGUUAUAUGAGAAAAAAACAUGAAGAGCCCUGAAUAUACACCAUGUUUACAUCACAUUAAAGGGUUUUGUUGUCGUGGAAAAGGAUUUCUGUUCACAAUCAAACAGAGGCUGUGAUCCAGGUCACUGGUACACUCGUGGGUUGUUGGGUCGGGGGCGCUUGGGGGGGUCUACAACCAACACAGCCCUUUGCUGACACUUAAAUUCAACCAGAACUUCAUCAUAAAACCUUUGUAUUGCUCAGAAUAAAGAGAAAGGAAAAACAUACAUGAAUGGCCAUGUAUACCUAUCUAAAUUACUAGUAACUAUGUGAAAUGUAAGACAAUUGAAAUGUGCGCAGUCUGUUGAACCAAUCACUGACUUUAAAGCUUCUGUGACACUUUUAAAUCUACAGAAAAUACUGUGAGAGCUUUAUAUAGUUCUGAUGGACUGCUCACGUGUUAAUUUAUGCUGAUCUAAAGUGUUUUUGUCCAGCUACUUCCAUAUUGUAACAUACAUUAACAGUUUCGAAUGCAAGAUUAAAAUAAUAGUGAAAUGUAUAAUGUUUGUGUUUGUAAUGCUGGAAUUGAUCCCAUGGAUAUGGGGCAACAGAGAGGUUAAGUGUUUGUUUUUUUUUGUUUUGUUUUGUUUUUUUUUUUAAUGAUGGAAUUGCCUGUUUUCUUUUUUUUUUUUAUAUACAUUGUGCAGCAUGUUCACUUUAUAAUUAAAUGUAAAUGCAAGGCUCGUGCUGUCAUGAACACUAGGAAAAGCCCAACUAUAAGAUACUUUGGGCAAAACACUUUUGAUUAGAAAAACUUAACAAACUUUGUCUUUAGUUUUUUUUUUUUUUUUUUUUUUUUUUUUUUUUUUGAAGAUGUUAUUUUUGAAUUGCCUCUAGUGUCAAGAGAUGUCACAAGGGAUUGGCUAGUCAGUGGUUUUUUCCUAGCUCACUUUAAGAGACAUGAUUUAUUUUCUAUUUGAUUGUAAAAUGUUUAUUUUCAUGCUACAUUUGGUUUCAUCUUUUGAAAGAGUAAACUUUAAGACAGUGAUUUGACUUUAUUUUUUUCUUCUCCUUUUCAAAUUAUCUCCCCACAAUCCAAGCCGUAUUGUUUCCAGCCUACACGCAGCCCCGAGUAUCUCUUGGUACAGUGUAUGAUUUGGUUCUCAAGUAGCAUCCAUACACUGUAAAAAAAAAAAUAUAUAUAUAUAUAUAUAUAUAUAUAUAUAUAAAAUUAGCCACCACUGCUGACUGUAUGUGAGGAGCAUUUUCAACGUUUAGAAAACUAAAAUGAAACUCUCCUGUUCCCUGUGACAUUCAUUAAUCUAUCAGCAGUAAUGGCUACAUUGGAUUGAAUGUGUUGUAAUGCCAAAGAACCAAAUCAUGCAUUCAUGCAUGUGAGGAUGACUUCACAACAAAAAUCAUCUUUCUCACUUAGAGAAACAAAUUGAAACUUCACCUGGAAGAAAUGGCUGUAACCUUCAGCAGUUAAUCUGCAGAUAUCCAUUAAAUUUUGGCUGUUUGAUAGAAAAUCAGUGAUAUGUAUGGUGACCAAACUGAAAGAAUAUGAAUCCUAAUAAAGUUAUAAUUCCUGGAA